AUCUCCCUGCUGUAUCCUCACAGGCAGAGAGCCCCAUGUCACGUUCCCUAUGAGGUCACCUGACCCUAAAUACCGUAUCCAGUCUUUGCCUCAUCUCCAUAUAGUCACAGUGGGAUUUGGGACUUGACAGUAGCAAAUGAUUCAGCCCCUAACACCUGACCCAUGGCUGCACAGCCUGUCACUGACACUUGAACUUGGCUCUCCAGAGUGCGGGUUGCUCCUAAACGCAGUGCUUGCGAGACUCCUGCUCUUGCAACUGCAUCCCGGUCAGCCUGCGUGACCUUGGGCCAGUCCCUUUUCAGCCUUCAGACUUCGGCACCCCCUUUCUCCGCGGGUGCCUGGGGAACUAUCGCCCGGGCCUGGAGGUGGAGCAAAAUGCGGCGAUCGCACCCGGGACGGUGCAGGUGGCGCAGGGCGCGGGCUGCGGUGGCCGAGGACAGAAUGACUGAGAACAUGAAGGAGUGCUUGGCCCACACCAAGGCGGCUGUAGGGGACAUGGUGACAGUAGUGAAGACAGAGGUCUGCUCACCACUCCGGGACCAGGAGUAUGGCCAGCCCUGCUCUCGGAGACCCGAGCCCUCUUCCAUGGGAGUUGAGCCCAAGAAGUUGAAGGGAAAGCGUGACCUCAUUGUGACCAAAAGCUUCCAGCAAGUAGACUUCUGGUUCUGUGAGUCCUGCCAAGAGUACUUCGUGGAUGAGUGCCCGAACCACGGUCCCCCCGUGUUUGUGUCUGACACGCCAGUGCCUGUGGGCAUCCCAGAUCGGGCAGCCCUCACCAUUCCACAGGGCAUGGAGGUGGUAAAGGAAGCCAGCGGGGAGAGCGACGUGCAGUGUAUAAACGAGGUCAUCCCCAAAGGCCACAUCUUCGGCCCCUAUGAGGGGCAGAUUUCUACCCAGGACAAGUCAGCUGGCUUCUUCUCGUGGCUGAUCGUGGACAAGAACAACCGCUACAAGUCCAUAGAUGGGUCGGAUGAGACCAAGGCCAACUGGAUGAGGUACGUGGUCAUUUCCCGGGAGGAGAGGGAGCAGAACCUCCUGGCAUUCCAGCACAGCGAGCGCAUCUACUUCCGGGCAUGCCGAGACAUCCGGCCUGGAGAACGGCUGCGGGUCUGGUACAGCGAGGACUACAUGAAGCGCCUGCACAGCAUGUCCCAGGAAACCAUCCACCGCAACCUGGCCCGUGGAGAGAAGAGGUUGCAGAAGGAGAAAGCUGAGCAAGCCCUGGAUAACCCAGAAGACUUAAGGGGUCCCACUCAGUUCCCUGUGUUGAAGCAGGGCAGAAGUCCCUACAAGCGCAGCUUCGAUGAGGGAGACAUGCACCCUCAGGCCAAAAAGAAGAAGAUAGACCUCAUCUUCAAGGAUGUACUGGAAGCCUCCCUUGAGUCUGCUAACGUGGAAUCCCGCCAGCUGGCCCUGAGCACCUCUCUGGUCAUCCGGAAAGUCCCUAAGUACCAAGACGAUGACUAUGGUCGGAAUACAACUGCCAUGUCACAGGGCAUACAGAACAUCCACAGGACCCAAGGGGAAGGGGACUGGAAGGUCCCCCAAAAGGUGGCCAAGGAACUCGGCCCAUUGGAGGACGAGGAAGAGGAUCCUACAUCAUUCAAGGCAGACAGUCCCGCUGAGGCGUCUCUGGCAUCUGACCCCCAUGAGCUGCCCACCACCUCCUUUUGCCCUAACUGCAUUCGCCUGAAGAAGAAAGUGCGGGAAUUGCAGGCAGAGCUAGAUAUGCUUAAGUCCGGAAAGCUGCCCGAGCCCCCCAUUCUGCCACCGCAGGUACUGGAGCUCCCCGAGUUCUCAGAUCCUGCAGCCUCAGAGAGCAUGGUCUCCGGCCCCGCCAUCAUGGAAGAUGAUGACCAGGAAGUAGAUUCUGCAGAUGAGUCUGUCUCCAAUGAUGUGAUGACGGCAACCGACGAACCCUCCAAGAUGUCCUCCGCCACGGGACGCCGCAUCCGGCGCUUCAAACAGGAGUGGCUGAAGAAAUUCUGGUUCCUACGGUACUCCCCGACCCUCAACGAGAUGUGGUGCCACGUGUGCCGCCAGUACACGGUGCAGUCCUCACGCACAUCUGCCUUCAUCAUCGGCUCCAAGCAGUUUAAGAUCCACACCAUCAAGCUGCACAGCCAGAGCAACCUGCACAAGAAGUGCCUACAGCUGUACAAGCUGCGCAUGCACCCGGAGAAGACGGAGGAGAUGUGCCGUAACAUGACCCUGCUCUUCAACACUGCCUACCACCUGGCACUGGAGGGCAGGCCUUACCUGGACUUCCGGCCGCUGGCAGAGUUGCUGCGUAAGUGUGAGCUCAAGGUUGUGGACCAGUACAUGAACGAGGGAGACUGCCAGAUCCUCAUCCAUCACAUCGCCCGGGCACUAAGGGAGGACCUGGUAGAGCGCAUCCGUCAGUCACCCUGCCUCAGCAUCAUCCUGGAUGGGCAGAGUGACGACCUUCUGGCUGACACGGUGGCCGUCUACGUGCAGUAUACCAGCAGCGACGGGCCUCCGGCCACAGAAUUCCUAUCCCUUCAGGAGCUAGGCUUCUCCAGCACGGAAAGCUAUCUCCAGGCGCUCGACCGGGCCUUUGCUGCCCUGGGCAUCCGCUUACAGGAUGAGAAGCCGACGGUGGGCCUGGGAGUGGAUGGAGCCAACAUCACCGCCAGCUUGCGCGCCAGUAUGUUCAUGACCAUCCGCAAGACGCUGCCCUGGCUGCUGUGCUUGCCCUUCAUGGUGCAUCGGCCCCACCUGGAGAUCCUGGAUGCCAUCAGUGGGAAGGAGCUGCCCUGCCUGGAGGAGCUGGAGAACAACUUGAAGCAGCUCCUCAGCUUCUACCGCUACUCGCCCCGCCUCAUGUGUGAGCUGCGCUCCACGGCCUCCACCCUGUGCGAGGAGACUGAGUUCCUGGGGGACAUCCGUGCCGUGAGGUGGAUCAUCGGUGAGCAGAAUGUCCUGAACGCCCUCAUCAAGGACUACUUGGAAGUGGUGGCCCACCUCAAGGACGUCAGCAGCCAGACACAGCGGGCAGACGCUUCAGCCAUCGCCCUGGCCCUGCUGCAGUUCCUCAUGGACUACCAGUCCAUCAAGCUCAUUUACUUCCUGCUAGAUGUCAUUGCCGUGCUCUCACGCCUGGCCUACAUCUUCCAGGGUGAGUAUCUCUUGGUGUCACAGGUAGACGACAAGAUCGAGGAGGCGAUCCAGGAGAUCAGCCGGCUUGCGGACUCCCCUGGGGAGUACCUGCAGGAAUUCGAGGAGAAUUUCCGAGAGAGCUUCAAUGGGAUUGCCGUGAAGAAUCUCAGGGUGGCCGAGGCCAAGUUCCAGUCUAUCAGGGAGAAGAUCUGCCAGAAGACACAGGUCAUUCUGGCGCAGAGGUUCGAUUCCCGCAGCCGGGGCUUUGUGAAGGCCUGCCAAGUGUUCGACCUAGCUGCCUGGCCCAGGAACAGUGAGGAGCUCCUGAGCUUCGGCAAGGAGGACAUGGUUCAGAUCUUCGACCACCUGGAAGCCAUUCCUACCUUCUCCCGGGAUGUGUGCCAUGAAGGGAUAGACCCCCGGGGCAGCCUGCUGAUGGAGUGGAGAGACCUCAAGGCUGAUUACUACACCAAAAAUGGCUUCAAAGACCUCAUCAGCCACAUCUGCAAGUACAAGCAAAGGUUUCCGCUCUUGAACAAGAUCAUUCAGGUCCUUAAAGUCCUCCCCACCUCCACUGCCUGCUGUGAGAAAGGCCGCAGCGCCCUCCAGCGGGUCCGCAAAAACCACCGUUCCCGCCUGACCCUGGAGCAGCUCAGUGACCUGUUGACAAUUGCUGUGAAUGGACCGCCCAUCUCCAACUUCGAUGCCAAGAGAGCCCUGGAUAGCUGGUUUGAGGAGAAGUCCGGCAACAGCUACACAUUAUCAGCCGAGGUCCUCAGUAGGAUGUCUGCCCUGGAGCAGAAGCCCAUACUACAGGCUGUGGACCACAGCUCUGAGUUCUACCCAGACAUGUAGGGAGCCUGCGCUGCAGAGGUUACAAAGCCGGUGAAUAUUUUUUUAAUCCAUACUCAUAAGCUUUGAUAUAUUAUAUAAAUAUAAAUAUAUAUUAUAUUAUAUUAUAUAUAUAUGUAAACCCACACUGAAAUUUUUUUAAAAACUAAGGUGAUGUGUCCACCGGAAGCUACUGGCAGCUUUCAGAGAGGAGCAGUGUCGGCAACUGACUCUGGUCUCUGCACUUGGCAGCUGCAGCCUACGAGGCAACUCAUCUUCACUCACAUGAGCGUGUUUGGGGGGGCAUGUGUGUUCCCACCCGACAGUUGAAAGCAGCAUAAGCUAAGUGACGAUUCUCUUCGUCACUCAUAGUCACUUGCUCUGUCUCUGUUCUCAUGUAUUGGUGGAGGGGCUGGGGGCUGGGUGAUGCUCUUGCCUUCUCCUUUUGGGUAUGCUUCUACAACUGGGAGCUUUAUGGUCUCCUCAUUGGCAUUCUGGUCCAGAUACAUGGUGUCCGGGUUUCCAUGGGAUGAGUUGGAUUUCUGGAUUGGAUUAUCUGGUCUUUCUCCCCUCUCCUGACUUCAGCUUGGGAGAUAUGUCUCUGUUCAUUUACUGAUUGAUUCCUUCACUUGUUCCACCAACAAAUGCAUCGGUCUCCCUAACUGUGAACCCACCGCACU